UUUGGCAAGUAAAUAGCUUUCUUGUGUUGGCGUCUCUUCUAGUCUACGAUGUCUGGACGUGGCAAGCAGGGCGGCAAGGCUCGGGCCAAAGCGAAGUCUCGUUCCUCUCGUGCUGGGCUCCAGUUCCCGGUGGGCCGCGUCCACCGCCUGCUCCGCAAGGGCAACUACGCGGAGCGGGUCGGGGCGGGCGCGCCGGUGUACCUGGCGGCCGUGCUGGAGUACCUGACGGCCGAGAUCCUGGAGCUGGCGGGCAACGCGGCCCGCGACAACAAGAAGACGCGCAUCAUCCCGCGCCACCUGCAGCUGGCCAUCCGCAACGACGAGGAGCUCAACAAGCUGCUGGGCCGCGUGACCAUCGCGCAGGGCGGCGUCCUGCCCAACAUCCAGGCCGUGCUGCUGCCCAAGAAGACCGAGAGCCACCAUAAGGCCAAGGGCAAGUGAUUUGGUAAACCGGAGUUUUCGGAAACGCUUUCAAACCCAAAGGCUCUUUUCAGAGCCCCCCACCAAUUCAAAGGAAGAGCUAAUGCCGCACUUUUGAUAAAGGGAGGAAAUGGGAAAAGGUUUCAAGAGCUUCUCACUACAGAGAUCUCUGGGUCAAGCGAGUCUGUGAAACUCAUCGGUUCUCAGCAAUAAAUGAAUGGAUGGUGCCAGUGUUCUGACAUCACUGAUUGCUUCUGCACCUGCAAAUUUUUUCCUAUUGAAAACUUUUCUGGGUUUAUGUCUCUGUGUGUACACAUACAUAUGCCUUGGGGAUAAGGAGAGGAAGGGGAGAGAAACAUGAUUAAAGGGAAGCUCUCUUUAGUACAAAAUAUGUCUGAUAUUUUGAGUAAGUAAUAUAUUCAGAGAAUUCAAACAAAUCAAGAUAACAAUAUAUUUAAUGAGAAUCCACUCCUCCACUGGUUUACUUCACUAGGUAGCCAUUCGUUUUCUUAUUUAUCCGCCAUUGUUAAUUCAUGCAGAUGUGAGUCAAGCCCCAUACCCCCUUGCCUUCAUUGCUAAAAGAUAGCAGACCAUAGACACCAUUCUGCACUUGCUCUUGUCCAUAACAAUUAUCUUGGAGAACUUUCCAGAUGUGAAAGCAGGGAGCUUACUGUAUGCUGUCCUAUGGUAUUGCACUGUCUCAAUGCAUCUUAGUUUAUGUGACCUGUCCCCUGUUGGUGGGCACAUAAAACAAUGCUAGAGUGAUAAGCCCUGAUUUAUGACACAACUGAAAUUGUCCUCCUAUUCUGCUGGGGUUGUGGAAAGUGAACAGCCACCAAUCGCUUUCAGGUUGGACUCAGGUUCUUUGCCUUAGAAACGAAAUUGUCUUAACCAAGUUAGUAAUUUUGAGCCUCAAUUUCUUCAUCUGUAGUAUGGAGGUAAUACUUAACCUUAAGAGACUAUGACAAUGAAAAAAAAACACAUGUAUGAAUUGUUUGAAGCUCAAAAGAACAGCACAAAUAAGAUUAUUUAACUUUCCACACCAUUUCUUUAGUGAGAAUCAUAGAUAAUAUAUUGCAAUAAUAACAGAUUCCCCAAAUUCCAGCCAGUUAUGAGGAAGUAAAAGGUGGUACAUGGAAGCAGGAAGGCAGUUUCAUCAAUUACCUGCUUAAGACAUCUCCCGAGUGAGACGGCCAUUUCCUACCCUCCUCAGAGGAGUCAGAAAACACACUCUUCCAAUUUCCCUGCGUCUGUCUCCUUAUUGCUCUUUUUUCUUCAAUCAAGGUCAAGUUUUGUCUAUUUGUGUAUUUGUUUGUUUCUAAGGUCAAGUUUUGAGAAUGUCUGUGCUACCCUGUAAAGUCUGCUUGUGCUGUGGGCCGGGGGGCUUCCUGGUGCAUUGCCAUAUGGCCAGCUGUCCCCAUGGUGCCUGACUUUGCUGGCAUACACUGGUCAGUCAAGAAACAGCUGAUGAUUUCAUAAGGUGGGGUUGUAAGAAGGAGGCUUCUAUAUAACAAAUCCAUAUACCAAGUGGUUCAUGCAGCUGCACAGACACAGAUACAUCUACACACAGCAGACAUGCAGGGAUACCUUCUGGAAAGGCAUGGGAAUCUGGAGCUGAAUUACUUGGGUUCAUGUUCCAGCUGUGCCAAUAACUAGGAGCAAGUGACCUGCCAUACCUGAGGGUUAAACUUUUCAUCUGUGGAAUGGGACAACACCUCUCAGUUUUAAGAAUGAAUCAAAUGAGGUGGCAUACGAGAAAACACAGGGUUCAGGGGCGCCUGGAUGGUGCAGUUGGUUAAGCGGCUGACUCUUGAUGUCGGCUCAGGUCAUGAUCUCAGGGUGGUGGGAUGGAACCCUGGGUUAGGCUCCGCUCUCGUGGGGAAACCUGCUGGAAGUUCUCCCUCUCCCCCUGCCCCUCCCCACCACUUGUCUGCACGUACACAUGUGAGCCCAAGCUCUCUCUCUUAAAUAUGUAAAGCUUUUUUUAAAAGCAUAUUGUUCCUUGUAAAGCCUAAUAUAAACAUGUGCAAAACUA